AUGAUGGAGGCAAACAAGACUCUGGUGACGGAGUUUGUUCUCACAGGACUCACAGAUCUCCCAGGGCUGCAGGUCCCCCUGUUCCUGGUGUUUCUGAUCAUCUACCUCACCACCAUGGCGGGCAACCUUGGGCUGAUUUUUCUUAUCUGGAAGGAUCCCCAUCUUCACACCCCCAUGUACUCAUUCCUGGGCAGUUUAGCCUUUGUAGAUGCUUGUUCUUCAUCUUCUGUGAUUCCCAAGAUGCUUGUCAACACCUUAGACAAGAGUCAAAUGAUGUCUCUCUUUGAGUGCAUGGCCCAAUACUGUUUUUUCGGUUCCAGUGCCACCACAGAGUGUUUCCUCCUGGUGGUGAUGGCCUAUGACCGCUAUGUAGCCAUAUGCAGCCCCUUGCUUUACCCAGUGGUGAUGUCCCACAGACUCUGCACUUGGUUGAUAAGUGUAUCAUAUGCAAUUGGUCUUCUGCAGCCUGUAAUACAUGUAGGAUUAUUAUCUAGAUUAACUUUCUGCAGGUCUAAUAUAAUACAUCAUUUCUACUGUGAAAUCUUGCCACUUUUUACAAUUUCUUGCACUGAUCCAUCUAUUAAUGCUUUAGUGGUUUUCAUUUUUGCUGCUUUUAUACAGGCUUUUACUUUUAUGGGUAUUAUGGUCUCCUAUACUUGUGUCCUCUUUGCCAUCCUGAGAAAGAAGUCUGCAAAGGGCAGGAGCAAAGCCUUCUCCACGUGCAGUGCCCACCUUCUAUCUGUUUCCCUGUUCUAUGGCACUCUCUUCUUCAUGUAUGUGCGUCCUGGGUCUGGCCAGGAUCAGUAUCAGGAUAAAAUGUAUUCACUGUUCUACACGAUUAUAAUUCCCCUGCUAAACCUCUUUAUUUAUAGUCUAAGAAACAAGGAAGUUUUAGGUGCACUUAGAAAAAUAAUUAAAAAUAAACAUUUAUCAAAAAAACUUUCAUAG